UUUUAGAAUUGCAUUAUAACACCUCUCAGGAUGCACGCGUCAGGCAAAGAAAUCGUUUGCCAUCCACGCCAAGAAGAAGGCCUUCUACUUCGAGUAAGUUCAUCUUCCUGCUAGGAAGAGAACAAAUCCAAUGGAUUGUUCCUUGCCAUUUUUAGCUGGGCAUGUCAACACCUUCCCUUUCGAGGGAAUCACGGGGUGGUGGUGGUCUCAGUGAGGAUAAAGCGGCCGCUGCUCAGGCUGAGCUUUCCCCCUUUAUGUCUUCUCAUAGCUUUUCUUGUGGCUUUUUGGCCGCUGUUGUGCUUGGUUUUUGUGGUCUCGGUGUUCAUUAGGAUUCCCCCUCAAACCAGCAGCAGCAGUAGGCUUUUUUCACUGGAUGGCUGUGUUGAUGAUAGUGGCAUCACUUGAUCUUCUUCCUCUUCUUCUUUCUGGAAUAUUCAAGUGUUUCAACAUGGAGGAAUCCAGAAAGCAUGCAAGCCAUGGAGCAGCCUUGUUCUCAAGACAGUCACUCUCCUACAAGGAUGAGAGAAUGCAGACAAAAAGUCAAAAUAGAGGUAUUGAGUUGUGCAAAGGGCAGACACAGUUAUCAACAUAUCAUUAUCCUUUGGAGGUCCCUAAGAGUCCUCAUCAGGCUUUGGAGUUCCUCUCCAGAACAUGGAGCCCAUCUUCCUCUGACUUCUUUCAAAUACUCUCACCCAGUAACCUAUUACCAAGCCUCAAGGACAGGAGUGCAGAGGUAGAUGAGCAUGAAGCAGAGAAGAACCGUACCGAUUUCGCCGGAGAUACCAAAACAAGAAUGGAUCAAAUCUUGACAUUGCUCUCGAGUGGAAAAUUGGCACAAUCUGCACCUCAGAAGCACAAGUCUUUACAUGGUGGCUGGAUAGAUGUAGGCCAGAUGAAGGCAUGGCUGGGAGGGGAAAUCCUUAGCAGCUUUUCCAAAGGAUGCAGAAAGAGGAGGAAGGAAGAAUUGCGACUCCACACAGCUCAAGUCCAUGCAGCCCUCUCUGUGGCAAGGCUGGCUGCGGCCAUUGCAGGCAUUGUAGGAAACUGUUACUUGGAACCGGUCAACUCGAAAGCCAUGAGCUUAGAUCACCAAGGAGGGGAGCUGGACAACAGGAUGAACACGGUGGUAGCCUCUGCUGCGGCCUUGGUCGCGACAGUGUGCGCCGAAGCUGCUGAGUCUGUGGGCGCAAACAGAAUGCAGGUUGCAUCUGCCAUUAGAACAGGCCUUGCAACUCGGAGUUCAGCUGAUCUAGUGACUCUCACUGCAACUGCUGCAACAUGUUUGAGAGGAGCUGCGACGCUUGAGCUGAGAGCAGCAGCUUGCAGACAGAUUUCAGAGGACCAGAGUACACUGGCAAGAGGUGCUGAACUCCCCAUUCAAACACCUGAUGGGAAGAUUCAACUCAGAAUGGUGAGGAUUUAUGUCAAGCAUGAUAGGCUUGCACUGAGGUUGGUAAAGAAGCAUAUCCGAGGAGUGAUUAGCACCUACAAAGAAUUUAGGGUUUUUGAUGCAAUGGAGGAUCCAAAAGAAGGUGGCUUCUCCAAGAAUGGUCAUAGCUGCUACUUGAUAACACUCGCAACCACUGGGGGAACCAUUCAGCUGCUGUUUGAGGACCACAAGCGAUACAUAAUGUGGAAGUCCAGUAUCUCUCACCUCUUAUGUGACUGUUUAGAAACCACAACAAGAUUUUGAAUCAUCUGCAUGCCAAAGUGCCUCCAGGGUUCUUGCUUUUCCAUGAUGAACAGAGACAUGUAGUAAUAUGUUUUUCUUUAUUUAGCUUUUAUGCCAAUUCCUGAUGAAGCCACCUUCUAUGAAAAAGGUAGCAUCCUUUACACA